AUGUCCCCUCGGUCCCGCCUCCUAGCCUCUAGCCUCCGUGGCGGUCUGCUCCUCCGACCAUGCAGCGCCCGUCGCUCAACCCUCCUCAACCCCUCGCCGUCCCCCCUUCGCAAAGCUAUCUUUCACACAACCUCACUCCGCGCAUUCAAGAAUCUCGCCGAGAUUGCCACUUCCUCUAAGGAAGAUGCCAGCUCUCUCAAGCCCAAAGGGAAACCCUCCCCUCCAGGGGAUCCCCUAGCCACGAUAGAAAAGACGGCAGCCGAACAGCGCCGCGCAGACUGGGCCAUCAUCAAACAGAUGUCGCGCUACCUCUGGCCGAAAGAUUCCUGGUCCGACAAGGCGCGUGUUCUCCUCGCACUAUCCCUCCUCGUGGGAGGCAAGGUGCUCAAUGUACACGUGCCAUUCUAUUUCCGGGAGAUUAUCGAUAGGCUGAACAUCGACGUCGCCGCGGUAGGAGGGACUGUUUCGGCAGUUGCCGGAGCUGUCAUUUUUGCUUAUGGCGCGAGCAGGAUUGGCGCGGUGGUAAGUCAGGAGUUGAGGAAUGCGGUGUUUUCGUCGGUGGCGCAGAAGGCGAUUAGACGUGUCGCGACACAGACGUUUGGACAUUUGUUGAAUUUGGAUUUGUCAUUCCAUCUGAGUAAGCAGACCGGCGGAUUGACGAGGGCGAUUGAUCGGGGUACCAAGGGGAUUAGCUAUUUGUUGACGAGCAUGGUCUUCCAUAUUGUGCCGACUGCCCUGGAGAUCGGCAUGGUGUGCGGGAUAUUGACGUACCAGUUUGGCUGGGAGUUUGCGGCAAUUACGGCCGCGACUAUGGCCGCGUACACAGCGUUUACUAUUACAACUACGGCAUGGAGGACAAAGUUUAGACGGCAGGCUAAUGCGGCGGAUAAUGCCGCCAGUACGGUGGCAGUUGACAGUCUCAUCAACUACGAGGCAGUCAAGUACUUCAAUAACGAGGCGUACGAGAUCGCGCGGUAUGACAAGGCGCUGCAGGCGUACGAACGCUCGUCGAUCAAGGUCGCUACCUCUUUGGCCUUCCUCAACUCCGGGCAGAACAUCAUCUUCUCGUCUGCCCUGACCCUAAUGAUGUGGCUCGGCGCAAGAGGCGUCCUGGCCGGGGACCUCUCUGUCGGUGACCUUGUCUUAAUCAACCAGCUCGUCUUCCAACUUUCAGUCCCCCUCAACUUCCUAGGAUCAGUUUACCGCGAACUGCGCCAGUCCCUCCUCGACAUGGAAACGCUGUUCGAUCUGCAAAAAGUUAACGUCACCAUCCGCGAAGCACCCAACGCUAAACCCCUGGCCCUCCCCAAGGGCGGCGAAAUCCGCUUCGAGAACGUGACGUUCGGGUACUACCCCGACAGGCCGAUCCUGCGCAACCUGUCGUUGACCAUCCCAGCUGGUAAAAAAGUUGCUGUGGUUGGGCCGUCAGGGUGUGGCAAGUCUACGCUGUUGCGGCUGCUCUUCCGCUCGUACGAUCCCCAGCAAGGGAAGAUUUUUAUCGAUGACCAGGAUAUCAAGUCCGUGACGCUCGAGAGUUUGAGGAAGAGCAUCGGCGUCGUGCCGCAGGAUACCCCCCUGUUCAACGAUACCGUCGAACUCAACAUCCGCUAUGGCAACGUUAAUGCCACGCAAGAACAAGUCAUCGCCGCGGCGCAAAAAGCCCAUAUCCACGAGAAAAUCAUCUCCUGGCCGCACGGGUACCAGACCCGCGUUGGAGAGAGGGGAUUGAUGAUUUCGGGAGGAGAGAAGCAGCGCUUGGCAGUUUCACGGCUCAUCCUGAAGGACCCGCCGCUGCUGUUCUUUGAUGAGGCCACAAGUGCCUUGGAUACGCAUACCGAGCAGGCGCUGAUGGCAAAUAUUAAUGAAGUGGUGAAGGAGAAGAAGCGGACGGCACUCUUUGUGGCGCAUCGGUUGAGGACGAUUUAUGAUGCGGAUUUGAUCAUUGUGUUGAAGGAGGGUGUUGUUGUGGAACAGGGAAGUCAUAGGGAAUUGAUGGAGCGGGACGGGGUUUAUGCAGAGUUGUGGAUGGCGCAGGAGAUGCUGCAUCAGGGGGAGGCUGCUGAAGAGCCAGCUGAGGGAGAGAAGGCGGAGGAGAAGAAAUAG